GCAACUUUUAAUCGAAGAAGAAACAAAAACAGCGUUCGAAGCAAGAAGGAAGGCGACGUCUCCCUUUUUGCUUUUAGACUGCCAAUUCAACUACUGAAAGGCUGAAAUUCUUUAUAUUUCAGCAAAUAAACUUUUUGGGCAACGCAGAUUUUCUGCUGAAAAGUUUGAAUGGGAUCAGACGAAGCUCAUGUUUGAUUUUCUUACCAAGAAAUGUCCCAAGCUGAUGUCGCGUACAGCUGUGGUUCUUGUGGAUAUCAUCUGAACUUAGCAUCUUCAAACCGUGCAACUUCCAACAUUAGCUCUAGAUAUAGCAAAUCUAUCAACAAGGGUCUUAUCUCAUUCCUUUCCAUCGAUCCCAGUCGUUUUACUCAAGUCGAUAAAGUGCACUGCCUUCCUAUAACUUGGGGCCGUUACCGUUCGAAAUCCAAACUUCUCUGCCGUAAUUGUGGAGCUCUCAUCGGUUAUGGGUAUGGAGAUUCAACCGCCCUUUGUGGUCUCGACUCACCGACCUCAUCCCGCUCGUCCUAUAAAAAAAUCGUGAUAAAGAUUCGAGCUUUACAACCUUCUGAAGAAAACAGCUAGCGUUAACAAAAAUAAACAAACAAUGAAACAUAUCGAAUUCAACUCACUAACAUCCAUCCUCCAGCUUUCCGAUGAUUGCUUGCACUUUAUAUUUCAAAGGCUCGACUCCAGUUCUGACCGUGAGUCGUUCGGACUGACUUGCCACCGGUGGCUUCAUAUCCAAAACUCAAGCCGCCGGUCUCUGCAGUUAUGUUGCUCACUUUCCCAUUUUACCCCUACCUCACUCUCUCAGCCCUCGACCAAAAUUAACUCCUUUCAUCUGUACAAAUUGCUCAACCGCUUCACGCAGCUCGAGUCACUAUCCCUAUCCGGGUGCACCGAGCUUUCUGAUUCGGGUUUUUCGGUAUUAGCCCAUGUCUGGCCAAAAAUGCUUCGAAGCUUGAAUCUCGAUUGCUGUUUUAACAUCAGGGAUAACGGGCUUUCGUACAUGGCUAGUGAUUGCCCUGGAUUAGCAAUCAUUAGCUUGUACCGAUGCAAUAUUACUAAUUCCGGGCUUCAAACCCUGUCGAAAUCUUGCUCGGCUCUAAAAGAUGUAAAUCUCUCAUAUUGUGGGUUUAUAUCCGACCCCGGAAUAAAAGCACUCUCUCAAAACUGCCGUCAUUUACGAGCCAUCAGCAUAUCUCACUGUAGGAAUGUAAGAGGCACAGGUCUUCAAGGCUGUCCAAACUCUCUCGAUUAUUUGGAGGCCGAUUCAUGCAGUAGACUCAGCCCUGGAGGAAUAUCAGCUGCCAUUAGCGGAGGUGGGCUCAAAUAUUUAAACCUAUCUAACCUUAUCUGGUUCGGGAGUGCGUUCGGUACGCCAGGUGGCGACACUUGGUGCAUCUCGAACUUGAGAGUUGUGAAUUUUCGGCUGUGCAGAACUGUUGGGGAUGAUAUUAUAGCGAGAAUUGCUGAGGGCUGCCCGUUUCUCGAGGAGUGGAAUUUGGCUUUGUGUCACGGAGUUAAAAUUUCGGGUUGGGAGUCGAUUGGUGCCAGCUGUCGUAAACUUGAGAGACUUCAUGUGAAUCGGUGCCAGAAUUUAUGUGAUCGAGGGCUGCAGGCUUUGAGGAAUGGUUGCCCGGGACUUCGAAAGCUUUAUUUGGGCUCGUGCAGGCAGCUUAGUUCGACAGCUGUCGAGAUGUUCAAGUGUUUGAGAGGUGAUGUGGAUUUAUUAGACGAUGAGGUAAUGUGCAUUGCGCCCGACUGGGCGUUUCGGUUAUAGCAGAAGAAUAUGGGAAAAAUUUUUAUACAGAUGUUUUUUAUUUUUUGGUUUAAUGAACUUGAAUAGCAAAGACUGUGAUUAUGGUGUUCUUUUUUGGGGACUAGUUGGCUCAUGUGUACAUUGAGACAUAGCUUUUGAUGGAAAUUGUAGAAUGUUGUUCUUGCUUAUGAUUUGUGACUUAC